AUGGCGGGGUUCGCUGGCAAGGAUGAGCUUUUCAAAGCGGCAGCCUCUGGGGACGUCGAGUUCCUCUCGUCACACAUUCAGCUCCAGCCUCUCGCGAGCGCCGAGGCAACCGCGCCGCGAGAUUCUGCUUCUGUUCAAGAGGGCAGCGAUGGGGGCCGCUCGCCCAGCGUCGCCGCCUCAGAGAGGAGACUCGACGCGAAAGACCUGCACAGCCUGGAAGACGAAGACGGGCGGUCGCUCCUUCACGUCGCAUCUGCUGCAGGCCGUCACGACGCUGUGGAAUUUCUCCUUCGCGCUGGAGCGAAUGCGUCGAAGGCCGACGAGGGCCAGUGGACGCCUCUGCUGUCUGCCGCAUCCGCGGGUCACCUGGCAGUCGUCAAGGCUCUGCUUCAAGCUGCAGGGUCUCGGCGGGAGGAUGCGGCGGCCGUCGAGGCCUUUCUGGAGGCACGGACGCCGUCUGGAGGAACUGCGCUCGCCACAGCGGCGGCGAAAGGCCACACAGCUGUGGUUGAAGCUCUUCUCGACGCAGGGGCUAACAUCGACGCGAGAGACAGUUACGGGCGGACUGCGGUAUCCAAGGCGGUGGCGGCAAGCAGGGAGUCGACCGCCGAGCUUCUCAUCACUCGAGGAGCGAGUCUGAAAGUUCAAGAGGCAUUCACAGGCGACAACGUGCUGCAUCUGGCGGUGAACUCAGAGAACGCCGACUUGUGCUUGCUAUUGAUGAAGAAGGAUCCGGAGCUCAGAUUCCAGAAGAACAAGGAUGGCGUAACACCUUUUGAAGCUGGUCGGGGGCCGUUCCUCAAGCACCUUGCUAUGCUGUACGAGGAGGAGCAGGGAGACGGUGCAGAGAGCUCCGAGGCACAGGGAUGA